AUGUUGAAGAGGAGACCUUUCAGAUCUGCUGUAGCUACUGGGAUAUUCAAUCUCCUCAUGAGAGGAGAGAGAGAGCGAGCGCUGAUUCAGAGUCCCUUCUACCACAUGUCUCAGAGAAUGCAAGAUGUGACCGGUGAUGGGGGUGUACUGAAGGAGAUCCUUCGAGCUGGCUCAGGCAGUGUUAUCCCACCCACUGCCUCAGUGUCUGUUCACUAUAGUGCCUACAGUGAAUAUACGGACAAACCCUUCGAUUCCAACCUGCAGAAGGAGGUGCCAAGGUUCAUGAAGCUUGGUCGAGACAUCACUCUGUUGGGUAUGGAGCUGGCAAUCCAGACCAUGAGGAAGGGCGAGUUUGCCAGGUUUCUGUUCAAGCCGCAGUAUGCCUAUGGCCAGAUGGGCUGCCCCCCGCGAAUCCCUGCAAACGCCACGGUCAUGUUUGAGUUGGAGAUCCUGCACGUUGUGGACACCUUGGAGUCUGAUGAAUACUUCAUGCUGUCGCAGGAAGAGCAGAUUAUUUAUCCGGUGGAGAAACUUCUGAAAGUGGCCAGUACGGAGCGAGAGUUUGGGAAUUAUUUCUUCCAACAGCAACGGUAUGAGGACGCGAAGGACCAGUACAAGAAGGCUCUCUCGGUGUUUGCACAUUGUCACGAAACUGGUGAGGAGCAAACUCAGGCAAUUCACUCCUCCAAAUUAUUGCUGUACCUGAACCUGUCUCUGGCCAGUCUGAAGUUGAAUGCGCCCAGGCGGGCUCUCGUUUAUGGGGAGAGAGCUCUCAGUAUCGACAGAAAGAACCGCAAAGCUCUGUUCAGGUGUGGUCAGGCCUGUAUACUGCUGCUGGAGUAUGACAAAGCCAAGGACUUCCUACUGAGGGCACAGAAACUGGAGCCGUUCAAUCCUGAUGUGAACCGUGCCCUGGUGCAGCUGGACAGAUGCUACCGAGAGUGGAGCUUGAAGGAGAAGGAGAUGUGUACCAGGAUGUUUGCUGCCUGGGAACCUACAGCAGGGAAAGAUUAAGGGCUCCUCCAACAAUCCUGGACAGUCUAAGCGAGGAGUGGGACCAGUUUACAAAGAGAAGACAGUAAAUAUGAAACUUACACAUGUUUAAACUGGAAUACACAUUUCAAUAUAUUAAAUCGUUCGCAGGACUGAAUUGUUUUCUGUAAAUCUAGCACAUUUAACACCUUACUUUGUGACCAUUUGUACUUCCUGGGGUCAGGUAUGCGAGUCAGUGACAGUUGCUAACACCAGAGCCUUCACAUAACACUCCUUCAGAAACUCUUAAGAUUAACGAUUUAUUACCAAUCAAAAUUAUUUGGAAACGUUGGCGCAGUGAGCGAAAUUAGCUCAGACCAUGACUACUUUAAUGGAAUGAAAGCAAAAAUUUCUGGAGAACCUCAGCAGGUCUGGCAGCAACUGUGGAGUGAAAGCAGAACUGAUGUCUUCAGAACACAGAAGGGUCACUAGACCUGCAACAUUAAUUCCUGCUUUAUCUCCACAGUCCCUGCCAGACCUGCUGAUGUUCUCCAGCAAUUUCUGUUUUAGUUUGAGAUUUCCAGCAUCCAGAGUUCUUUGGUGUUUUUUUUGUUUACCACUUUAAUGGAAUUUGAUUUAAAAGUUCAACAAUGGGUACACUUUUUCAAUUUGAGACGUGUUCACUGUGUAGUUGCUGAAGGUACAACAGACUUCAUUUCCCACACUGGUUGAGAGGCGUUGGUCACACAGCAAAGGAAUGAAUCAACCUGAGCUGGCAGUCACUUCUCUGUGUAUAUUCCAUUGUCGAGAGUUUUGUUUAGUUUUGUUUUAAAUAAAUGGUUUGGUUACUUGAA